AAAGCGCACAUCGGUUCGAGAAGGGCGGCAAAAGCAGCCUUCCCUCUCAUUGUCACUUCAACACGACAGAGCCACACGGACGAUCACGACGACUUUAUGUUCUGCAACCGCAGUAGCAGCAGCAGCAGCAGCAGCAGCAGCAGCCUCUCCAUGGCCUGCCCCUCUUUGUUUUUCUCAUGUACUCUCUCCCCACGCCAGCGCGUCCACGCAACACGAACAAUGGCUUCACCUUCCUCUCCUGGUCUCUCAAGCCUCACAACUUUCACUGCCUUUCUCUUUCGCUCUCUCUUUCUUUCUUGUUACCUCUCUCUCUCUGUCUUCUCUCUCUUCUCCUUAGUAUUUCUUCCUCUCUUUUUUGAAUACACGAGGUUGCAAGGUGCCAUGUUUGCGCAUUGACUGGUUCUCAUACGCAGAAGGGCACUGUUUACGAUCGAUCCAGUCUUACCUGGCCCGGUCCAACUAUCCCCUUCACUGUCCCGAAGACUCCCAUGUGU